GGAGCCGCGGAACCCGCGCGUUCUCUGGGCGCGGAGGACACGCCUGCCCUUGUCGAGAAAACUUUUCCUGCCGACUCAGUCGUGGCGGCGGUGGCAGGAAGUCGGGCAGAGAUCUCUCCUCUGACUGCUCCGCCCGCCCUACGGGGUAUCGCUACCCUGCAGGAAAGCAAGUUUGUGGGGACCUUUGCCUUGCUCCCCAGGAGUUCGCCUUGCAGGGACGGCUAGCCCUGGGGAGGGCAGCGGGCCAGGGCGUAGGCCGAGGGCGCGUGGUAGCUCCGGAGACGAGGUGCGGAGCGCAGCCGGGACCCGCGCUCUAGCGCGCGAAGGGUGUGCAGCCCGGAGCAACGAUCUCUCGGCAGUCGCCGGCUGAAGUCCACAGUCCUUCGCCUCCUUUGGGUGAGGACCGCGUCCUGGCACCGAGUCCAUCGAGGAAAAUGAAGUUGAGCCGCCAGUUCACCGUGUUCGGCAGCGCGAUCUUCUGCGUCGUAAUCUUCUCACUCUACCUGAUGCUGGACAGGGGUCACUUGGACUACCCUCGGGGCCCGCGCCAGGAGGGCUCCUUCCCGCAGGGCCAGCUUUCAAUAUUGCAAGAAAAGAUCGACCACUUGGAGCGCUUGCUAGCGGAGAACAACGAGAUCAUCUCCAAUAUCAGAGACUCGGUCAUCAACCUGAGUGAGUCUGUGGAGGAUGGCCCAAGAGGCUCACCAGGCAACGCUAGCCAAGGCUCUGCACACAUCCACUCUUCACAGUUAGCCCUUCAGGCUGACCCCAAAGACUGUUUGUUUGCCUCACGGAGCGGGAACCAACACCGGGAUGUGCAGAUGUUGGAUGUUUACGAUCUGAUUCCUUUUGAUAAUCCAGAUGGUGGAGUUUGGAAGCAAGGAUUUGACAUUAAGUAUGAAGCUGAUGAGUGGGACCAUGAGCCCCUGCAAGUGUUUGUGGUGCCUCACUCCCAUAAUGACCCAGGUUGGUUGAAGACUUUCAAUGACUACUUUAGAGACAAGACUCAGUAUAUUUUUAAUAACAUGGUCCUAAAGCUGAAAGAAGACUCAAGCAGGAAGUUUAUGUGGUCUGAGAUCUCCUACCUUGCAAAAUGGUGGGAUAUUAUAGAUAAUCCGAAGAAGGAAGCUGUUAAAAGUUUACUACAGAAUGGUCAGCUUGAAAUUGUGACAGGUGGCUGGGUUAUGCCUGAUGAAGCCAGUACACAUUAUUUUGCCUUAAUUGACCAACUAAUUGAAGGGCAUCAAUGGCUGGAAAAAAAUCUAGGAGUGAAACCUCGAUCGGGCUGGUCCAUAGAUCCCUUUGGACAUUCACCCACAAUGGCUUAUCUUCUAAAACGUGCUGGAUUUUCACACAUGCUCAUCCAGAGAGUCCAUUAUGCAGUGAAAAAACACUUCUCUUUGCAAAAAACGCUGGAAUUUUUCUGGAGACAGAAUUGGGAUCUUGGAUCUGUCACAGACAUUUUGUGCCAUAUGAUGCCCUUCUACAGCUACGACAUCCCCCACACCUGCGGACCUGAUCCUAAAAUAUGCUGCCAGUUUGAUUUUAAACGGCUUCCUGGAGGCAGAUAUGGUUGUCCCUGGGGAGUUCCCCCAGAAGCAAUAUCUCCUGGAAAUGUCCAAAGCAGGGCUCAGAUGCUACUGGAUCAGUACCGGAAAAAGUCCAAACUUUUCCGCACUAAAGUUCUUUUGGCUCCACUAGGAGAUGAUUUUCGGUUCAGUGAAUACACAGAAUGGGAUCUGCAGUACAGGAACUAUGAGCAACUAUUUAAUUACAUGAACUCUCAGCCCCAUCUUCAUGUGAAGAUCCAGUUUGGAACUUUGUCGGAUUAUUUCGAUGCAUUGGAGAAAGCGGUGGCAGAGAAAGGCAGCCAGUCAGUUUUCCCCGCUCUGAGCGGAGACUUCUUCACGUACGCCGACCGAGAUGACCAUUACUGGAGUGGCUACUUCACAUCCAGACCUUUCUACAAGCGAAUGGACAGGAUAAUGGAAUCUCGUUUAAGGUCCGCUGAAAUUCUUUACCAUUUGGCCUUGAAACAAGCUCAGAAAUACAAGAUAAAUAAAUUUCUUUCAUCACCUCAUUAUACAACAUUGACAGAAGCCAGAAGGAACUUAGGACUAUUUCAGCAUCAUGAUGCCAUCACAGGAACCGCGAAAGACUGGGUGGUUGUGGACUAUGGUACCAGACUCUUUCAAUCAUUAAAUUCUUUGGAGAAGAUAAUUGGAGAUUCUGCAUUUCUUCUCAUUUUAAAGGACAAAAAGCUGUACCAGUCAGACCUUUCCAAAGCCUUCUUAGAGAUGGAUAUGAAGCAAAGUUCACAAGAUUCUCUGCCCCAGAAAAAUAUAAUACAACUCAGUACACAGGAGCCAAGAUACCUCGUGGUCUACAAUCCCUUUGAACAAGAACGGCUCUCGGUGGUGUCCAUCCGUGUGAACUCUGCCACAGUGAAAGUGCUGUCUGAUUCAGGAAAACCUGUAGAGGUUCAAGUCAGUGCAGUCUGGAACAAUGUGAGAACGAUUUCUCAAGCAGCCUAUGAGGCUGCCUUUCUAGCUCAUGUACCACCACUGGGACUGAAAGUGUACAAGAUCUUGGAAUCAGAAAGUUCAAGCUCACACUUGGCUGAUUAUGUCCUAUAUAAUAAUGACGGACUAGCAGAAAAUGGAAUAUUCCACAUGAAGAACGUGGUAGAUUCGGGAGAUGCCAUAACCAUAGAGAAUUCCUUCCUCACACUUUGGUUUGACCGAUCUGGGCUGUUGGAGAAAGUGAGAAGGAAAGAAGACAGUAAACAGCACGAACUGAAGGUGCAAUUCCUAUGGUACGGAACCACCAACAAGAGGGACAAGAGUGGUGCCUACCUCUUCCUGCCUGACGGGCAGGGCCAGCCGUAUGGUUCCCUAAGACCACCCAUUGUCAGAGUGACACGUGGAAAGAUCUACUCAGACGUGACCUGCUUCCUUGAACAUGUUACUCACAAAGUCCGCCUGUACAACAUACAGGGAAUAGAAGGGCAGUCCAUGGAAGUUUCUAAUAUUGUGGACAUCAGGAAUGUGCAUAACCGUGAGAUUGUAAUGAGAAUUACAUCUAAAAUAAACAACCAAAAUAGAUAUUACACUGACCUAAAUGGAUACCAGAUUCAACCUAGAAGGACCAUGAGCAAACUGCCUCUUCAAGCCAAUGUUUACCCAAUGAGCACAAUGGUGUAUAUCCAGGAUGCUGGGCACCGCCUCACGCUGCUCUCUGCUCAGUCUUUGGGUGCUUCCAGUAUGGCUUCUGGUCAAAUUGAAGUCUUCAUGGAUCGAAGACUCAUGCAGGAUGAUAACCGUGGCCUCGGACAAGGAGUCCAUGAUAAUAAGAUUACGGCUAAUUUGUUCCGACUCCUGCUAGAGAACAGAAGUGGUGUGAACACGGAAGAAGACAAGAAGAGCCCUGUCAGCUACCCUUCCCUCCUCAGCCACAUGACUUCCUCCUUCCUCAAUCAUCCCUUCCUCCCCAUGGUACUAAGUGGCCACCUCCCCUCCUCCGCCUUUGAGCUGCUGAGUGAAUUUCCUCUACUUCAGUCCUCUCUACCUUGUGAUAUCCAUCUGGUUAAUCUACGGACAAUACAGUCAAAGAUGGGCAAAGGUUAUUCGGAUGAGGCAGCCUUGAUCCUCCACAGGAAAGUGUUUGAUUGCCAGUUCUCCAGCAGAGGCAUAGGGCUGCCCUGUUCCACUACUCAGGGAAAGAUGUCAGUUCUGAAACUUUUCAACAAGUUUGCUGUGGAGAGUCUCAUCCCUUCCUCGCUGUCCUUGAUGCACUCACCUCCAGAUGCCCAGAACAUGAGCGAAGUCGGCCUGAGCCCCAUGGAGAUCAGCACUUUUCGAAUCCGCUUGAGGGGAAGCUGACUCUCAGACUUGAGUGGAGAAACUCUGGCUUUGUUACCGUCCUUGGUUUAACGUGCAAUAACUAAGCACAUUACUUUAGCCUCUGGCUACUGUGAGAACAUGAAUUCUGUGAUUCUUUUUUUUUUUUUUUUUUUUAACAAAUCUAGUAAGAAAAGAAGAAAAAGCCAUGCUUUAAAAAAAGGUUUCUUCCUUUGAGUUUGUCCCACAGCUACCGUUAUCAGUGUGAACUGAUGUAACAAAAGUGAAGAACUAUUGAAAGACAAGCCCUCAACAGACUGUAUCUCAGGUUAAAUGCUAACUAAUUAUGUUUGCAUUGAGGGUUGUAAAGAGAUUCUCUAGAAGUAUUAUAUCUCUGAUCAUGCUUUAGUUAAAAAAAAAAAACAAACAAACAAAAACCAUUUGACCUAAAUAGAAAGAAAAAUCAGAAGUUGGUAUAGGUGACAGCUUAAUGGCCAAGAUAGCUGUAAUCAUUAAUCAUUGAUACAAAGUUGAAUAUUUUGUGUGUUAAAAUAUGUGGAAAAGUGCAAUCCCUCAACCCUUAUGAUAAAUGUAGUUGGUUUUCAUACUGUUUCCCAAUGAACCUCUUGACUACCCCUUCCCAUCCAUACAUUUAAAAAAUAAGUGAUUAUUUUAGUCAUCCACCAGUAGAAAAAGAGGUGUAUUUUCAUUACUUGACAAUGUGGGAUGGGUGCAAUUUAUUCCAUUGUCACUAAAACAGAAGAAGCAAUUCCAUUUUAGGUACCACAAGGUGUCUUUCUAUAUAGCUCAUUUGAAUACAGGUGUUCCAAGGUGGGGUUUUCUAUUUUUAAAUUACCAUAUCAAAAAUAAAUGUGCCUUAUUUUUUUAUAAGUCUUGUUAAAUCUUAUUACUGUCCAUAUUACUGUUUGGGAAGUUGGGUAUUGGGAGGCUGGGGUAGGGGUGGGUACUUUUUAUGAUACAUAAAUUAUGUAAUUUUUUGCUUGAUAAUACUGGCCACAUCCUGAUCUGUGUCAUUAAAUUAGUGGUGGUGUUACUCUAAACAUUUUGACUAUUUGAAUGUACUGAGAUGUCAGAAAACAAAACAAGGAAGAAAAAUAUUGUUAAAAUAUGCUGCUGCCAAGGAAACUGCAAGUUAAAGCAAGGAUUUUGUAACACACGAGAUCCAAGUACUGCUUGCGUUUCACAGUAGUUAACCAUGUUAAAGAGAGAAUGCUUUAAAAAUAGACUGUUUAAAACCCGCUGUAUGUAGCUCAUCUCGAUGCUCCUUACUAAAGAAUAUGUUCCAAAAGUUUGUGUGUGGUAAGCUCAGCAUGUUAGUCUAGCCCAUGCAACAUCACAGGACCUUUAAGUUCAUUUGAGAUCAUUGUUUCUUUGAUAGAAUAAUAAUAUUUAAUUUCAGUAUAGAAAGAAAUCUCUGGCUAUACACACACGUCUGAAACAUUCUCCUCGGUGUCUUCACCUAAUUUAGUGUUAUUUGACUUUAAACUUCCAUUUAGCUCUUGCCACUGCAAUGAGAAAACUCGUUUCUGCCUCACUGUUUAUUCUGAUAGUCAUCUAGAUUCUUCCUCAAGAUGCAGCUCCUACAUUCACUCUUCUGUUGAGUUCAUAAUAUCCUUUGCCUAUAAUCAUUAAGGAAAUACCAGAGUUGAUAGGACUAUUGCAAGGGUAUAAUUUCAUGCAAUAAGCGUGUGAUGUACAUUCCCUUUCCUCAUUUGUUGGGGAAUAAGCAACUAAAAUACAGCAAAACCACUCCCUCCUGUAGACUUCUGCAGAUGCUAGCUAGGGUUGCCAAGCGCAAGUCCCAGGAAUAUGAUCUAUAUUCUUGUUGUAUCUUAAGUGUAUACCUUCCUGUGGAUGUUCACUGUGCUCUGUGGUUAAGUUAAGCUUAAUCACUACAGAAGUUCUGAUGAGGCCAAAUCAAACCGGAGGCUGACAAAUAAACAAAACAGCAGACACAGGGACCCGCCCUGUGUUCUUGCCACCAGCUACUUACUCACAGGUGAAGCAGAAAUUCUAUUUAACCAGCAAGUUUCUGCUUUUUAAAGUUAUUUUUACAUUACAACAUCGGGGAAAUGAAGAGAGGGUGUUUUUUGCUUUGGGUUAUGGUCACGAACUAACUAAAACCUUGAGUUUUUCUGGCACACAUGGACAGCCAACCAUACUUCAGACAUGACAUCAGGGGUCUGUGUGGUUAGGCUUUUUGCCUCUGUUGACACAGACGCUCGGUGGACCAAGAUUGUCUCGCUACUCUCUCCCCACUUUCUGAAAUUUUAAUAUAGAGGUGCAUGGUUCAAAUAUCAGCAUUCUAAAAUUAUUGAUUUAAAGAAAAUGUUGUAUGAUGUUGUAAGACAUUGUAAUUAUUUUCCUGUGUCUCUGUUGUACUUGUGCUGAAAUGUUGUCACAGUCCUUUGUCUAGAAGAAAAUGUUUACUUUCAUUUUGAUUAUUUUGCUCAUUGAAAUCAACAGGUUUUGAUAUUUUUCUCUUGGAAGAUUUUUAUAACUUUUUGGGAAUAUGUAAUAUAAGAUCUCUAAUAAAAUAUAAUCUUAUCCUGUG